AAGUCUGCGUGUUAGCAUCAAAACAAAAGAACAAGCUAUAGUGGACAGCUGAUUGUCAUCAUCUUCUUGAGGAAAGGGGGUGGAGGACAUCUAGCACAUGCGUGUGGCAGUUGCUUGUUCGCUCGCAGCUGGAAGCUGAGUGAAUGCAUCAGAGGAACUGCUCAGACUGACAGAAACUGGAUGAGGACGGAUGGGCUGAUUGGAAAAACUAACAAAAACAAACCCCAGCAUGCUGACAUCAUGGAUGAAGCUCUAUGGAGUAUUCUUCUUGAUUCACAAGGAGCUCUGCAGUAGGACGCAUGUUUGAAUCUGGAUGCUCACACAGAUGACGUCCCUCCUCUGCGUUAUCAUCCUGUCAAGUCUGGCAGUCUCUUCCCAACUUGGUUUGGAGGAGGUUUUCUUCAGUCCUGAAGACCAAACCGCUAGAGAAGGAGAGGGGGUUUUCUUUCAGUGUGUGUCAGGGGAAAGUUCAGCUCCUGCAAGCAUCACCUGGCUCAAAGAUGAGAUGUUGGUCAAGAGAGGACGACAGAUUCAGGGUGAGUAUGGAGGUGGUAACCAGCAGAAGACUUCUGGCACUUUGCACCUUUUCAAUGUAACUUUGGAGGAUGAUGGGAUAUAUGUUUGUGUCACUCACAAUCCUUCACUAAACAUCAGUAAGAAGAGCAGACCGGCUAAGCUAACAGUCCUAGGGGUCCCUCGAAGGCUGCAGGUCAUCCAGGGCCCUGAAAACAUCACUGUUGCUAUGGGAACAGAGGUGUCAAUGCACUGCACUGUUCAUGGCUUCCCUGUUCCCAUGGUGCACUGGUUCAAAGACGGCUCUCUCCUGACCAACAGCUUGACCUCGUUUAACCUGCAGAACAAUGGACAGCUGCUCACAUUCAGGAAUGUAACCAAAGCGGAUGAGGGUUUGUACCACUGCGAAGCAUCGAAUGAGAAAGAGUCUGUCAGGUCACAAACAGCCUUCCUUCUUCCAGCAGAGAUGGACUGGAGUUUCAUCAAACAGCCAACAAACCUGACGGUGAAGAGAGGAGAAAAUGUAACUGUCACCUGCAGGCCACCAUACAGCAGACCUACAGCUCAGGUGUCCUGGUUCAAAAACAACAAACUUUAUACUCCAUCAAACCAUGUGAGCAUGCUGCCCACUGGAGACCUCUUCUUCCACAGAGUCCAAGAGUACGACAGUGGGAGCUACUUCUGCAGAGCCUCAAACAUCCUCCUUCAAAGAUUUCUAACCUCCAGGAGAGCCGCAUUAACUGUGCUGGCCCCUCCAUCAGUAAAAGUAUGGCCUCAGGUGCUGACGGUACCCAUGGGUGCUCGGGUGGUGCUGGGGUGUCAGGUGUCAGGUCACCCUCUGCCCUCCAUCAGCUGGAUGAAGAGAGGUCACUCCAAAGUGACUGGGGGCAGGAUUUCCUCUGGGCAGAGAAAUGCUACUCUCUACAUCCAAUCAGCUCGCACCUAUGAUGAAGGAGUGUAUGUGUGUGAGGCCUCCAACACACUGGGCCAAAGCAGCAGUGGAGCAACACUGAGAGUUGCUGUGAGUCCCAUCAUUGUGACCUUUGUAGCUCAGGUGAGCUGCAGGAUUGGAGCUUCGGUGGUCCUGCCCUGCAGGGCUGUUGGGAUUCAGCCUAUAACAUAUACCUGGACCCGAGGGGGGGCAGAUACACAUUUACCCAUCAGCCCCACUAUAGAAAGACACAUUGAUGAAGAUGGUAGUCUGCAUAUUUCCAGCAUGCAGUAUUCUGAUGCAGGGGAGUAUUACUGUACUGCUGAGAAUCGAGCAGGACAACACCAGAGACACAUCCUCCUCCGUGUCACAGAUGAACAUCAUCCAGCUGAUAGAAGGAAGCAGACAACACUGGUCUUGUCUGCUAGCACCAACACUAGCAAAGAACCAGCAGUCCCCUGGUCCCGUGACUCUGUGGCCGAGCAGCGCCUUCAGAUGACACAGCGUCCUCAUGUACAGACACAACAUGAGGAGGUAACAUGCUCAACAGACUGUGGUGCUACUAGAAAUAAAGAGCCAACAAUUUUAAGGGGAGCUGUGGCAGAGUUAAAGAUGUCAUUUGGUCGACUUUUACAGCAACAGCGGAUUCAGCCAACAACCCACCCAACUCAGCUGUUAGUCACUCAGAUGCAGCCUCCAACAUUGGGGAAUCCUCCACAUCCAAAUGUUCAGUCAGUAGAGCUAAACCUCUCCCUACCGGAGACUAGUAACCCCUUUUUGAUUCCACUUAGUGAACCACUGAGCCAGACAUCAACAGCUGCUGGUGAAGUUUUCAGCACAACCCUUCAGUAUCUAUACACUGACAGUCUGUCCCAUUUGACAUUGACACUGCCAAGUGUACAACUUCAGGAUCACAUCAGCAGUGAGUCAAACUCUAAGGAGAUGGAUAUCCAUCUUGGUCCAUCCAGUCAAAUUACAAAUCCUUUUACUGAGAGCUCAGCUUCUCUUCAACCAUCAAGGCUUCCUGUCGCUGGACCCUUUGGCUUCCUGAGUUCACAGUUGGUUCUGCAUUCACUGUCUCCUGUAACGCAGUCCAAGACAACCUAUCCUGGCUCAGACACCCUGUCUUCUGCUUUAUAUGCUGAAUCACACCGAUCUCCAACUCAGCCAAACUGGGUUGUUACAGAAACACAAUUUUACCAAAUAUACCAAGAGCCAACCUCUACCCAGAUUUCUCAAACCAGUCUAAAAAAUCCAGGUUCUCUUCUACCUCAGAAAACGCAGCCUUCACCAACCCUCUUGAAAAUUCCUCAGUCUGAUAAUCAUCAAACAUUUUCUCAAAAUUUUGUCCCAAAGUUUCAACUGGAGUCAUCAACAAUCCAACAUCAUCUGCCCCCCACAAAAACUCCUACGGUCACAAAGUCUCAACCAUCCCAGAUUUAUAGCCAGUUGUCACGGGUAUUUCUCAAAUCAAAUUCAACAAUGGCAACACUUUCUCAAACCAAACAUCAAUCGUUGCAAACACUGCACCAAUCAGAAGCUCCCCAACCACGGACAGACACUUCUCUGAUCCAACACAAAAACCCUUUCAUCAUUCGGCCUUCAAUCUCUACAAUUCAUCCUCCUAAUCAAACCCCUAAUCCUCCAACAGUGGAUCCUGAGAUUCCUGUCAUUCAUCAGGUCAAUAUUUCUGAUCAGGUGCAACCAAAUACAAGCAGGCAAGGUGAAGCAGAUCAGUCAGAUAAAUCAGAACAUGAGACAAAGCUGACAGAGUGGCUUAAAAGGAACACCUCCCAAUCACCAAUGACCAGCAAUGACCCAAGAGUAACACAGCAAUCCCCAUCAUGGCUUCCAGUGCUGGAGAAACAUGACAUCCCCAUUGUAGUGGGAGUGGGUGUGUCUUUGGUCUUCAUCUUCAUUACUGUUACUUUCUAUUCGGUCGUCCAGAAGAAUGAACCGGCACCAACGAGCCGAGCAGCUCAGAGGAAUCUAGGUGUUCCCCUUCGACACGCUGAACGUCGUGCUGCAGGACGAAUGUAUGAAAACAGAGCUUUUGAGAGCGAUGAUUGCGUGGCUGUGAUUGAGCAGAGCCCCAACACAUCUGACACCAGAGCCCAACCUCCAGGACCAAGCCUGGUCACUGUGCAGAUGGAGCCCACAUUUGACGAUGUUCAGGAGGACACACCACCCACUCUGGACAACCACUCAGUCACUGUAGAGACGUAUCCGGAGCCCAUUCUUGACACAAAGAUUGAUCCCUUUGUGGAGGAGGAGAAGGGCUGCAGUUUGUCACAGCCCAGCAUCCACCUGCAGUGUGCCGAGGACUGGACCAGUAACACAGGAGACAACCACAGCCCAUGUCAGGAUGCUUUACCCCCUCCAUCGUCCUUACCCUCUCAUUCAGCUUCCCCCUCUCCACCAUCCAGACCUGCUGCAGGCCUGCGGUCCUCAUUAACCCUGCAGAGUUCUGAAUCAUGUGGAGCACCAAUCCAUCACAGCCUCAGCAUCUCUCAUGGCAACCCUCCUCUGCUCCUCUCACAUCAUGUCUCCUUGGGCCUUACUACUGUUGCAGUGGAUGUCCAUUUUUACCCAGCAGCCACUGUUUCAGUGGCAGGAGGCACUAGCACUCAUAUUAAUUCAGUCUCUAAUUCCACGUCAGUGGCUGCACCCCUGUUUGGUCCAACAUUAGUUAACAGUCAGGAAAAUGACUAAUCAAGUGCAGAUUUCAUCAAAGUAAGUAGCUAAGAUAAAGGAAUCAAACAUCUAAAACAACAACCCAUGUUCUACUAUAAAUAUACAACCGCAGCCAUGCUAAGGAAUAUGUGUAAUAUAACAUUUAAAUGAGAGACAAGAACAACAGGGCAUUUCUAGACUAAAUAAAUGGAUAAAAAUUACAUGUUUUGUCAUUUAAAACUAAGUUCAGUAAGACAUGCACACCAGUUAACAGGUGCUGGAUCCAAAACAUCUUAAGAUAGAAGAAAAAAGGUCUGCACAUAUUUCUUUCCAACAAGAGAUGUUUUGAGCCAACAUGCUCCUCCUCAGACUUGUGAAUGCAUCUGACUUGUCUCCAUUCCAUCAUUGCAUAACCGUCUUGGUACCCAACUAGAUAAUGGUGGACUUCAGUUGUGUUUUGUCACAUGCAUGCUCAUGAUUAUUUAAGAUGGCACAUGCAAGAUGCAUGCAAGGCUGAGGAAGAGCAUGUUUGCUUGGUGGUAAUAAAUAUGUAAAAUGGGAGCUCCCUAGUAUGCAGACCUUUCUUCUCUAUCUUAGAAAUCUUAUAAAGCCAUUAUAAGUGGCCUUACUGGUUCAUGCUGCAAGCUAUUUGCAAAGCAUUCUAAGGUCGCUUAUAGCACAAACUGAGAAGGCCACUUUUAACAGCUUUUCUCCUUCAAUACAUAAGGGAUGCAGUUUUAAAUGAACAGAGUCGUUGGUUCAAAUGAGAAAGAAAGCUGCAGAGAUUGAGCCUGGUCUCUCAAGUUAAGCUUAGGUAAUUGAACUCACAGCAGAAGGCUGAGAAUAACUCUGGUCCAUCACAAGUAAUCAGCAGAAACCAUAAAUGAGAUAAGGCAACAGAGAUUCAGCACACGUCAUGUAGCAUUAUGUAGCAUUUUUCAAGUAACAUCUAAUGUUUUCACGGCAUGAUAAACAAUUUAUGUCAUUUAGGGUGGCUCUGUCGUUACAGCCACAGUAAUGAAAGACAUGUCUCAUCACAGCUCAGAACUUUUCUGGUCUUCAGAACUAUUUUUUGACAUUUUGUAUGCUAAAAUUCUACAUAUUGUGACUGUGAGUGGUAUUUAGCACCACACCAAACUCUAAACUAGAGGGUAAAUCAGGAUAACGCCAAACUGAGGUUAGCUUACAGUAGAAAAAAGCGUAUUGAGCUGACUUUUUUUACAGCAGCCACUUGAAGAUGUGUCAUAGCUUUAGCACGGUACCUUUUGUGUAACUCUCUUUAUGUACUCUGAUCAAUGUAAAAUAUAGUACAGGCUACUACUGUACAAAGCUUAGUUGCUAGUCUUUAUUUCUCAGAUUGUUUUACUUUUUCUUUGUUUUGCUACUGAAAUAGAAACCACCUAUGUCACUCUGACUCAUAAUAGGCCUAUAAUAUCAGUUAUGGGGUAGUUCAUAUACAUUAUUACAUAAUUGUGUUUGAAAGUUUAUUUCUUAGUGAAACAGCCAAGGAAAUUUAACUCUGCCACAAAAUAUUGCAUUCUUUGUUUCAGUGACCUGCUCAUUCUUUUUUAUCUUGCUGCCUGACUGUUACACACUUUUGAUACCAAAGGAGGCAA